GCUUAGCAUAGCAGUUACCAGUUACCAGUUACCACGCUCCUCAGAAUUGGGUUGUAUCUUCAAAUGUUGGCGCCAAAAUUGCAACCCUUUAAACCACCGCCGCUGCAAAGAACCCUCGCCACUCUGGCACUCAUAUCCGACAAAUGCACAACCCUAGACCAGCUGAAGCAGGUCCAUGCCCAGAUGAUCGUCUCCGCCGUCGUCGCCACCGACCCCUUCGCCGCGAGCCGCCUGUUCUUCUCGUGCGCCCUCUCCCCCUUCGGCGACCUCUCCCUCGCUUUCAGAAUCUUCCACUCCACCCCGCGUCCCAACUCCUUCAUGUGGAACACCCUCAUCCGCGCCCAAACCCACGCGCCCCACGCGCUCUCCCUCUACGUAGCCAUGCGCCGAAGCAACGUCCUCCCCGGCAAGCACACCUUCCCCUUCCUCCUCAAGGCAUGCGCUCGUGUGCGCUCGUUCACAGCUUCCCAACAGGUCCAUGUACAUGUCAUCAAGUUCGGGUUGGACUUUGAUUCCCACGUGGUUGAUGCAUUGGUUCGAUGUUACUCUGUUUCGGGACACUGCGUCAGUGCCCGUCAAGUGUUUGAUGAAACGCCUGAGAAAAUUUCGAGUCUUUGGACCACUAUGGUUUGUGGGUAUGCCCAGAAUUUCUGCUCCAACGAGGCUUUGAGGCUGUUUGAGGAUAUGGUUGGGGAGGGCUUUGAGCCCGGUGGGGCCACCCUGGCGUCAGUGUUGUCCGCAUGUGCCCGGUCGGGUUGUCUUGAGCUUGGGGAAAGGAUUCAUGAGUUUAUGAAGGUGAAAGGGGUUGGACUUGGAGAGGGAGUGAUACUCGGGACAGCGUUGGUUUACAUGUAUGCGAAGAAUGGGGAGAUUGCGAUGGCGCGGAGGUUGUUCGAUGAAAUGCCAGAGAGGAAUGUUGUUACUUGGAAUGCUAUGAUCUGUGGGUUGGGUGCUUAUGGAUAUGUGGAUGAUGCGCUUGGUUUGUUUGAGAAGAUGAAGAAAGAGGGGGUUGUUGUUCCCAAUGGUGUCACCUUUGUUGGAGUUUUAUCGGCUUGUUGUCAUGCUGGCUUGAUUGAUGUUGGUCGUGAGAUUUUUCGGUCAAUGAAGUCGGUGUAUGGAAUUGAGCCGAAGAUUGAGCAUUAUGGGUGCUUGGUUGAUCUUCUUGGGAGAGGGGGUUGGUUGUUAGAGGCGGUGGAGCUGGUGAAAGGAAUGCCGUGGAAAGCUGAUGUGGUUAUUUUGGGAACUUUGUUGGCAGCUAGCAGGAUUAGUGGAAAUACUGAGGUUGCUGAAAGAGUGGUGAAGGAUAUUCUUGCUCUGGAACCUCAGAAUCAUGGUGUUCAUGUUGCUUUGUCUAAUAUGUAUGCAGAGGCUGGACAGUGGCAGGAAGUUUUGAGACUGAGGAAGACAAUGAAAGAAGAGAGACUCAAGAAGGCUCCAGGGUGGAGCCUUGUUGCCACUUAGAGUUUCUAUCAUGCCUUGUUGUGUAUAGCAAAUAUUGGUCAUUGUGGAAAAGAUUUUAUUCUUUCAUUGUUAACAAAAGGUGAGGCAGUGAGUUAUACCGGUCCACACUUCUUGAUAACCUGAUGCAGCAUUUUCAAAACAGUUAUGGUGCUAAAUGAAGUGUUCCUACACUACUGCAAGAAUACCGCAAAAUGACAUAUUAUCACAUCCUAGUAGCAAGAACGUGAGUAUACUGCACUAGGUUCAAAGGAUACCAUUGAUUUUUGCUCAGAACUACUUGAGCAGGAACAGGACAAAAGUCAAAUAUCAUAGUGUGCUUGGUGUUGAAGCCCCUUAUAUCAGCUGAGCAACUUUCAAAGGUUUUACUUCUAUCCAAUCCCUGGUAUUGGCUGGAACUCAUGGACCGAAGGGAGAAUUCUAUGAGGCUUUCUUUCAUAUUGCUUGGUGUUUCUGUAGCAGAUAUAUAAAGGUAUAGCCUUUCAUCAUACUGACUUGCUGAGAUAAGACAAGACACUACCAAAGUCUUGUCAAUUUAUAGUAAAUGCCAAAGUUCAAUACAUAAGUUAUGUUCUUACUUGUAUGCUUGCUUUGGGUGAUCAAAUAUUGUCCAUCUGUCAUGGUCAUUGAAACAUGGAAGAGCUACAUUCAUCAGUUGAGUAGAUUAGAUGGAAAUGGAAGUUGGCUUGUUAA